CUUCAAUCUCACCCCAUCUUUUUCUUGAACAAAACCUUUUGGCAACUUUUUUUGUUGUUUUUUUUUUCAAAUGGAGAGUUUAGCUGAGCACGGAGAUGCUGAUACGACUGAGUCGAGAGAAAUUGAGAUGAUGAAAGAGAAGUUCGCGAAGUUGUUGCUUGGCGAAGAUAUGUCAGGAAGUGGUCAAGGAGUUUGUUCUGCUCUCGCCAUCUCGAAUGCCAUCACUAAUCUAUGUGCCUCGGUGUUUGGACGACUAUGGAGAUUGGAGCCAUUGCCUUCGGAUAAGAGAUCGCUGUGGCGAAGGGAGAUGGAAUGGCUUCUAUCUGUGACUGAUCACAUUGUUGAACUUAAACCAUCUUUGCAAAUACUUCCAAAUGGAGCUAGAGUUGAGGUUAUGAGUUGCCAACCAAGAUCAGAUCUGUAUGUUAAUUUGCCAGCUCUUCAGAAGCUUGAUAGCAUGCUACUUGAAACACUCGAUGGAUUUUCCAAGACGGUGUUUUGGUAUGUCGAUCAAGGUAUAGUUGCACCACAAGCUGAUGGAACGGUCUCCUUCCAGAAACGGCAGGAGGACAAGUGGUGGCUGCCCGUUCCACGCCUUCCUCCCGGUGGCUUGCCUGAGGCCGCGAGGAAGCUGUUAAGUCACAAGCUUGAAUCUGUGAAUCAGAUUCUUAAAGCUUCUACAGCCAUCAACAGCAGCACUUUGGCUGAUAUGGAAGUUCCAGAAUCAUACUUGGAAACUCUUCCAAAGACAGGGCGAGCUUGUCUUGGGGAGGUCAUCUACCGUUGCAUUACCUCAGAGCGUUUCUCCUCAGAAUGCUUGCUUGACUGCCUCGAUCUUGAAUCCGAGCAUGCUGCUCUGGAUAUGGCAAACUGCGUGGAGGCAGCAAUCUACGUGUGGCGUAGAAAACAGUCCCCUAAAUCCACACCUCACCCGAGCCAUUGUGCUGCCAGGUCAUCUUGGGUGAUUGUAAAAGAUCUGGUGGCGUAUGGCGACAAGAGUGAGUUACUCGCUGAAAGAGCCGAAUCCCUCCUGCAAUCCUUGAAGCAGCGAUUCCCGGGACUCACACAAACUACGCUAGACGCCACCAAAAUACAAUACAACAAGGAUGUUGGGAAGUCCAUCUUGGAGAGCUACUCGAGGGCCAUGGAGAGUUUGGCGUUCAACAUUGCAGCACGCAUUGAGGAUCUACUCUACGUGGACGACAUCAACAAGCAGUCGGACAGGCUCUCAUCAGCUCACAGGACACCUAACAAAUCUCCUGACCCGGCCACAGGAGAGAGGACGCCCUUACUGGUCGGGAGUUGCCACAAGCCUAUGCGAUGCGGUAUGGGAGUGAAGAGAGUCCUCACGCACUAUCUUGUUGGUGAUGGGAAGGCGAACGGCUGUGGCCAAAAUCGCCAAGGCAUUGAUGCUGUUUCUACCAGAGUGAGUGAAGGGAUAGCAUCUCACCGGAGCAUAGAUUCGAAGUAUCAGCUGAUAUAG